UUUGGCUUGUUGUUAAAUUUAUUAAUUAGAUGUUCCAAUUUUUGUUGCAUUAAUCUUGCUUUCUCAAAAGACUUGGAAAUUAAAAAUCCUUCUAAUUUUUAUUGGAAAGAAAACUGUGGAAGGAAACUGAGGUGUGGUGCACAGUACCCUUUACUAGCAUCUAUUCGCUCAGAUAUUGUAGACCGGCAAUUCCGGUUGCUAGUCUGAAAAGUCUAGGAGGUCAAGGUUGUGUUGACUAGUGUUAUUCAAAUGCCAUAAUGGGAAAUUCUAGGGACCAAAGGCCCUGGCAAAAGAAAGAAGGCUUCCAGGACCCGGGCGGGGGGGGGGGGGGGGGGGGGGUGCUGCCUAGCUUCAAGGUGGCAUCAAUGAUGAUUAAUUCAAGCCUUACAUUUCUAGAACCUUGUCUUCUUCUGUGGGAUUACUCUCAAGACUCCCUGUCAAAAACUGGAGGGUUAUAAAUAAAGCGCAUCUGCACCUGCUUGGAGUGUUGGAAAAUAACUUCCAGAAAAGUGAUAACAGUCCUUAUCUGUUGGUGGUGGGAGCACAGUUGGUUCUCCUUUUCAUCCUUCUGUUUGUCUGUAUAUCUGACUUUUUAACCUAAAUAAAUGAAUACUUAUAGGGUUUGUAAUAAGGGGACAAAAUCAAAAUUAUUGUUCAGAAGGAAGUAUGUCCCACUGUUUCCAUAUACUUUGCACAUAGUGACAUUCUAUUGUUUAUAUUGAAAAGAUAAUCUUUUUUUUUUUUUUUUUUUUUUUUAAUUUCUGAAAAGGAACAUCUAUUAGGGAGACCAUAGCCCAGGUUUCGGCAACAUAGCAUCUUGAUUUAUAAUCUUAGCUCCUUGCCUUAUUACGCUGGAAUGACCUUGCAAAAUGUACUUUACUUGUCUGAGCCCGAGUGUCUUCACCUAUAGAGGGGCAUGAUAUCCUCUUCACGGAAGAUGAGGAGCAUUUAAAGUGCUCUUUGUAGGGCGCCUGGGUGGCUCAGUCGGUUAAACGUCUGACUUUGGCUCAGGUCAUGAUCUCACGGUUUGUGGGUUUAAGCCCUGUAUCGGGCUCUGUGCUGUGUGCAGCCUGCUUGGGAUUGUCUCUCUCCCUCCCUCUCUGCCUCUACCCCCACUUGUGUGCUACAAAUAAAUAAAUAAACAAACUUGAAAAAAAAUAAUAAUCAUUCUGAUUUUAUCCUUUAAAAAAUUUUCUAGGUCCGGGCCCAGUGAUACCCAAUGAGGCCAUCAAAUUGUUAUUUUCGUAUUGAGGAAAACAGAAGCUCUUUUGGAUAAUUCUUUUGCAUUCCAGGCUUUCAGUGGAAACAAAAAGACACACACUGUAGACCAUUAAGUACUUGUGAGACAUGAUUUUAGGAUGCAACUCAAUUAUACAGUGAUUACGAAGAGCCUGGGGGAAAUAUUUCCUUAUCUGGGUAGUGACAUUGACAGAUUAAAGGUGCACAAAUUCUAAAUGCUGUUUGUUCCAGCCCUGUGUUCGAUUGCAACAAUGUGAGUGUCUUGCCUGUGUUGGUGGAUUAUUAACAGAGGUUAUUGGUCUCCAUGGCAAAAUUAUUGCUCUGCGCAUAAUCUCAUUUAUGGAGUGCAGGAAAAAAAAAAAAGGACUUCAGGUCAGGGAGAAUGUAUAAAUGUCCAUCGUCAUCAAGGGUGUGCUACAUUUGAGAAGCAGAAGCAACUCCAAGGACACAGCUCACAGGCUGAUUUGGCUCUCAGCUCCAAAAUACGGAUUGAACUGGGGACAUUUACAAGGACGCUCUGGCUGAGAACUCUGAAGAGACCCCGUGAAGGAGGCCCUGAAGAGCCUUGUAUCGCAGACCUGUAUUGUGCUUCCCCAAUAUGUGCACGGGGGGCUGCGCCAAGUGCCUGGGGGGCACCCUCAUCCCCCUCGCCUUGUUUGGCUUCCUGGCUAACAUCCUGCUAUUCUUCCCUGGAGGAAAAGUGAUAGACAAUAACGACCACCUUUCUGAAGAGGUCUGGUUUUUCGGAGGAAUAUUAGGAAGCGGGGUCUUGAUGAUUUUCCCUGCGCUGGUGUUCCUGGGCCUGAAGAACAAUGACUGCUGUGGAUGCUGCGGCAACGAGAGCUGUGGGAAGCGCUUCGCGAUGUUCACCUCCACAAUAUUUGCUGUGAUUGGAUUCUUGGGUGCUGGAUACUCAUUUGUCAUCUCAGCCAUCUCAAUCAACAGGGGUCCUAAAUGUCUCAUGGACAAUAGCACGUGGGGCUACCCCUUCCACGAUGGGGAUUACCUCAAUGAUGAGGCGUUAUGGAGCAAGUGCCGGCAGCCUGCCGAUGUGGUUCCCUGGCAUCUGACCCUCUUCUCCAUCCUGCUGGUCAUAGGCGGAGUCCAGAUGCUUCUCUGUGCCAUCCAGGUGGUCAACGGCCUCCUGGGGACCCUGUGCGGAGACUGCCAGUGUUGCAGCUGUUGUGGGGGAGAUGGACCAGUUUAAAUCUCCUUGGUGAGCUGUUCUAACUCGACGGCAGUUGGGACGUUACACUAAACUCAUUCUUUUUUCUGGGGUUGGCACUCCCCAUCUGCUUCCCUGACAAAGUUUAGGGACAGCGGAACUAUCCUUUCCACUUUCCAAGACAGCUUAGCUCACGGCUUAGCUCAACUUAGAUGUUUAUGCUAUUUUCAAAUAAAAAAUAGUUUAGCCACUUCA